AUGUUAAUUGUGACGUUACUCGCUUUUCUUAGUAUAUGUGAUGGAUACAGGGUGUUACUAUUUUUUCCCAUACCAGGGAAAAGUCAUUCGAUAUUGGGAGAGGCUUAUAUACGCCAUUUAGUAAACGCCGGGCACGAGGUGACGUACAUAACACCCAUACCAAUAAAAACCCCACCAGCACGUGUUCGUCAAGUAGAUAUUUCCGAAACAGCGGGUCUACUAUCAGAAGAACUAUUCAACAUUGAGAAGCUUAUGUAUAAGGAAUUGGACUUGCAACAAAUCUCAUUAUUCGAGGUCGUAUUACGGAAUUUUCUCAAUGGGACCCUACAUGGAAAGGCUAUGCAUAAAUUCCUACAUGACCCGAAAGAAGAGUACGACGUCGUCAUAGUAGAAUGGCUUUACUCUGAACUCGGCUCUGGAUUGUCGACAGUCUUUAACUGUCCCCUCAUUUGGUCCACAUCCACAGAAGUCCAUUCCGGUAUAAUAUCUCUAAUUGGUGACGAUUUGAACCCAUCGUAUGCAAUCAAUAUAUGGGACAGAGAUUUCUCAUCUCCCUUGUAUCGAUUCAAAAAUUUAUGGACUUACCUGGAGAACAAGUAUAAUAAAUGGACAUACGUAGAGCCAGAAAAUUUAAUAUUUGAACAAGCAUACCGAACGGCCGUUGAAUUGAGAGGAAGACGUCUGCCCUCCUUCGAUGAAGUCAGAUUCAACGCUUCUAUCAUGCUAGGGAACAGCCACAUCGCUGCCGGCGAAUCAUAUCCACUUCCUCAAGCCUACAAGAUGAUUGGAGGAUAUCAUCUCAAAGGUGUAAUGGAACCUCUGCCAAAGGAUUUGCAAAAAAUAAUGGACGAAGCGAAGGAUGGUGUCAUAUACUUCAGUUUGGGUACAAUGCUGAGGAGCAGUGCCCUUCCAGAGGCGAAGAAACGGGAAUUGCUGACGGCCUUCAGCAAGUUGAAGCAAACGGUAGUAUGGAAACACGAGACGCCUAUGUCAAAUGUACCAAAGAACGUACACGUAUUGCAGUGGGCACCGCAGCAAAGUAUAUUAGCACAUCCAAAUACGAUUUUGUUUAUAACUCACGGUGGACUACUAUCUUUAUAUGAAUUACUGGAUGUUGGUGUACCGCUUAUUGGAAUACCAAUGUUUGGCGACCAGUUUACCAACAUAAACAGAGCUGUGCUUAAAGGAUUCGCGAAGAGAUUCGACAUAGGAGAACAGCCUGUUAGUCAACUAGUGGAGUAUAUUAAGGAAAUGAUAGAAAAUCCUUUAUAUCGUCAAAGAGCGAAGGAAAUGUCGUUAGUUUUCCAUUCCCAUGUGGUACCCCCAGGCCAGGAAUUGGUACAUUGGGUCGAACACGUCAUCAAGACGCGAGGAGCACCACACUUUCGUUCAGUGUCCAUGCGUUUGCACUUCUACCAAAAGUACUACUUAGAUCUUCUCACAUUUAUUUUACUUCUUCUCAGUACCAUAGUUUAUGUCGCAAUAAAGAUUCUUAAACGUAAGACACCCGUAGAUCUUAAGAAACACGAAUAA